UUCUGUCAACAAGCCCAAUACGCAACAAUGAGUCGAAUGCUUGUGUUGCUAGUGGUAGCUGUAACUGUUGUUACAGUUACAUAUUCGCACAAGGUAGCAUUUGUUCGUCUGAUGCCAAAUAAUGUUUCCGUGAAAAAUGUUACGGGUAUAUUGAAGAUAGCUCAGAGAAAGCCGAAUGGACCCGUUUGUAUUACCGGCAUAAUUCGCGGACUCACCGAGGGACUACACGGUUUCCACGUGCAUGAAAGGGGAGAUUUGAGCAAUGGUUGCACAUCCACGGGAGCGCAUUUCAAUCCUAAGAACGUCCAUCACGGCGCACCGACAGACAAUGUCAGACACGUCGGUGAUUUAGGAAACAUCAGGGCCGAUUCUAACGGAAGAGCGAGGAUAAAUAUCACUGACAGAAUCAUCUCGUUGAGAGGACUGUACAAUAUCAUAGGACGGUCCUUUGUUGUGCACUCCGGCAAAGACGAUCUUGGCAAAGGCAAUAAUUCUUUUUCCUUGACAACUGGAAACGCUGGCGAACGCUGGGCCUGUGGUGUCAUUGGCAUCUAA